AUGCAUUUACACACGUUGGGCAUCCUAGGUCAAGAAGGAAUCGCAAGCCUAUUCCUACUAGGAACCCAACUCCAAGAACAGUCAAAGGCUCACUCCAAUUGGGAACCCAAUCUGCAAAAGGAGUCCAAAUCCAAGAAGGAAGCCCAGUUACAGUUGGACAGCCCAACAGAUAAUUCACAUCUCCUACAUGCCACCGCGCGCCAUGCAGAAGCUGGGGGGCAUUUGUGGCAUCGGAGGGCCUUUGGCCAACACCCCCCGGGUGUGGUCCUUUUACUCCGAUCUGUUUUGCAGAGAGAAAGAGAAGCGGAGAAGACGAAGGAAUCUUUGACGAAUAUUCUCGUGGGGAAAAUCAUUCCCUCCAUUGAUUACAAGGUUGAUCUGAAUGAGAUUUUGCAGGGUUGGGUGAUUGUUGGGUUCUCUGCUGCAACAGGUUCUUAUACUGCUCUGCACAAGAUCAACUCAUGGAGUUUCAAUUCGACAUCGCUGAUUGAUGAGAAUGCAAAUGACAACACACCAGUAGCUCCUGAGCCAACCCCCAUUGUUGAACCCAAGUCAUCAGGAAGUGCUAAUAUCAGACUCUUGAUUGGGUUGGGUAGCGGUGGUUUUCUAAUCUUGGUUGGUGGCUUGUGUUUCGCUUGGUUCACCUUUUGGAAGAGAAGGAGAGUAGCAGAGGAACGUGAUGAGAACCCUUUUGUUAAUAAACUGAUUCAUGAGGAACUUGAAAAGGGGACCGGCCCUAGGAAGUUUUCAUACCAUGAGUUGUUUCGAGCAACGAGUAAUUUUGAGGAGGGAGAGAAGCUGGGAGAGGGAGGAUUUGGUGGCGUUUAUAGAGGCUUCAUAAAAGAGUUAAACUCAUAUGUUGCGGUUAAGAGGAUAUCCAGCGGAUCUAAGCAAGGUUUGAAGGAGUAUGCAUCAGAAGUGAGGAUCAUUAGUAGACUUAGGCAUCGAAAUCUGGUGCAACUCAUUGGUUGGUGCCAUGAAAAACAAGAACUCAUGCUUGUCUAUGAUUUCAUGCCCAACGGCAGUUUAGAUUCUCAUCUUUUCAAAGAAAAAGGCUUGUUAACUUGGCAGAUAAGAUACAGUAUUGCUCAAGGUUUGGCCUCUGGGUUAUUUUAUCUACAUGAAGAAUGGGAACAGUGUGUGCUGCACAGGGAUAUCAAGUCCAGCAACGUUAUGUUGGAUUCAAAUUUCAAUGCAAAACUUGGGGAUUUCGGGUUAGCUCGACUUGUGGACCACGGAAAACAGUCACAAACAACAAUUGUGGCUGGAACCAGGGGUUACAUGGCUCUGGAAUACGUUACCACAGGAAAGGCUAGCAAGGAAUCCGAUAUCUACAGCUUUGGAGUUGUUGCUUUGGAAAUUGCUUGCGGGAGGAAACCCAUCGAUCUCAGUUUAGAAAGUGGCCAAAUCGAAAUGGUGGAGUGGGUGUGGGAGCUUUAUGGAGAAGGCACACUUAUUCAAGCAGCCGAUCCGAAACUUUGUGGACAUUUUGAUGAGAAACAAAUGGAGUGCUUGAUGAUUGUUGGGUUGUGGUGUGCUCAUCCGGAUUAUAAAUUCAGACCUUCAAUACAACAAGCAAUCCAAGUGCUUAAGUUCGAAGUUCCAUUGCCCAUUCUCCCAUCCAAGAUGCCGGUGGCCACCUAUUUUGCUCCUCCAACAUCACUCUCUACGGUGACCACUGACACUACUAGUUCUGAAAGAGGUCAAACUGAGUCUCACGACACGGUUAUAACACCGAUUCCUCACAAUUCACCUCAUCUUCUACAACAAAAUUCGUCUCCAUCAACAACAUUUCAAUCUCCACAAUAA